UCAUGUGGUCACUGGUCAGUGGUCAGUCGGUUUGACUUGUAACAUGUCAAGGCAUUGAAGGCAAGUAACUCUUGCACCUAGAAAAAGCCGUGACGUUAAUGAGUAAAAAAUUACUACUAAUAAUUUCCUCAAAAUUUCAUGAUAAAUUGUAUAAAUAUUUGCGAGAAUUAUGCGUUUAACAGCUAUUUUCAAUGCUGUUAACCGACGGGUUUAUCGUAACCGCAAGAAAGACGGCCACAAUCAAAUCAAGUUGGCCAAAUUUUUGUGGCAUCAUGGAAGUAAACGAAAAGUUUUGUCCACUGGCGAGAAAGAUCUCCUUACUUCUAAAGGAUUUAAAGUUUGGUCUCCUGAUGAAUUCAUCUCAAAGCCUUAUGAAACUCCAAAGUAUGAAGACUACUUCCCACCACCCAUAAAAGAAGAAAAGCCACGUCUUGAGCCCUUGUAUCGUUUGGACUCGGACUUCUUGCCACUGCUGUCCAAAUGCACAGACCUCAUGCAGCAUCUGUCCUGGUCGGUCAUUGUGGACAGCCUGCCAGCCUCCAUCACUGAGCGCCAGCGUCAGCUCACAACAGCUGAGAGGCGCCUAAUAGAGGAAUGUAUUUUGUCAUCUCACCUACUGGACGGAGUGAUGGACCCGCUGCCCCUCACUGAGAACUAUGAGCUGCCCAACCGCAUUGAGAAGCCCCGACGGGUGGACAUGCCCCACGGCAUCCCUGUGGCCAGGAAAAAUAUGCUGCUGACUGUUCAUUUCCUGUGA